ACUGUUUGGGGCUGAAGUCAUUCUCCUAAAGAAACUUCGGCUCCACAAGUCCGAAAGGAGCCGGUUCAGUGUCUAGUGCCCCAGCGGAGCUCCGGGCCACAAAUCUGGGCUGGCCUGGACGUGGGGUCCGGCGCGGGGCCCGGGGCCCAGGCAGUUCUUGGCUGCCCAGCAAUCACAGGGGGACCCCUGUGCUUUGCCAGCCUGGGCUGGCAAGCCAGCUCCAACCAAGAUGGAGCUCCUGAGGGUCAGAGGGAGGUACGCUCCAUUUCAGGCCCAAUCCCGAGGCCUCAGGGGCGGGGCGGCGGGGCCUGGGAGGGCCCAGAGCCCGGAGCCCGGUGAGUGCCAGCCUACGGAGGCCCCCCUUCUUCCUCCUCUUCCCCUUCCCACGCGGCCCCGCCUGGACUCCUCCUCCAGGAAGCCUUCGGGCCUGAGAUCGCCGGCUCGCGGCCUUCUGGGAACCCAGGGCUGAACGAGGGAGCUCGGGCGGUCAGAGCCCGGCUCUCGGCCCCUCGGCCCCUCGGCCCGGCCUCAGGCCCCGCCCCGCCUCGGCUGCCCUUUCCUGCUGCUGCCUCCUCCUCCCUUCGGACCUCCCGCUCAGCCUGUGCAGGAGUCAGGCCUGGCCCAAGAGGUGAGCAUGGAACCGGAGGGAACGAGAGCCGGCCCCCGGAGGACUCCGUUCCUGAGAUCGGUGACAUUCAAGGAUGUGGCUGUGGACUUCAGCCAGGAGGAGUGGUGCCUACUUGAUCCUUCUCAGAAGGAACUAUACAAAGAUGUCAUGCUGGAGAUCUCUCAGAGCCUUCUCUCCUUGGGGCUUCCAGUUCCCAAAGCCAAUGUGAUCUCCCAGGUGGACCAAGCAGAAACACCAUGGAUGCUGAAGCAAGUAGAUUCAAGGAGCUCUAGUCCAGAUGGGGAGAGCAAGCCUAAAACCAGAGAGACGACUCAAAAGCUAAGCAUUUCCUGUGAUUUAAAAUCGAGACAAAUCUUGGAUUCUGAUAUCAGGUUAGGGAAGAAGCAAGACAGCUGGGAGAGUCAUUCCAAACAUCUAAAGAUGUUCUUCAGGAAAAGUCCCGGUGAAAGGAGAAGUGAUGAAUUUAAUGAAUUUGAGAGAAAUUCUAAUCAAGACUCAAAGAUCCAUCAUGACCAAGCUGAACGGAGAAGGAGCUCCCAACGAUAUUCAGACCUGUUUGAAUGUAAGGAAAUCACCUCAGGGGAUGGAUAUUCCAAAUAUAGCGAACACAGUGACUGCCUUCCUGAGGAGAUGGAUCUCUUGGAGCAUCAUGGAGUGAAGGGCUUUCAAGAUGGUGACUGUGAGACAUCCUUUGGCCUGAGCCCAGAUCUCAUUAGUCAUCAGAAGAGUAAUGCUGGAGAAAUGUCUUAUAAAUAUCGUGAACAUGGUACGACUUUCACCCAAAACUCACCUCUUGGUCUACACCAGAAAGCUCCUCCAGGAAAGAAAUCCUAUGAAUGUAAUCAAUGCGGGAAGGCCUUUUUCCGGAAUACGGAUCUUAGUCAACAUCAGAAAAUCCACAGUGCAGAAAAGGCUUAUAAAUGUAGCGAAUGUGGGAAGGCUUUUAGCCAGAGUAGAGAUCUUCAUCGACAUCAGAGAAUUCACACUGGGGAAAAGCCCUAUAAAUGUAAUGAAUGCGGGAAAGCCUUUAGCUACAGCUCAUCCCUUAUUGCCCAUCAGAGAAUUCAUUCUGGAGAGAAACCUUAUGAAUGCAGCCAGUGUGGAAAGGCUUUCCGAAAUCACUCCAACCUUGCCGUCCAUCAGAGGAUCCACACUGGAGAGAAACCCUAUAAAUGCAAUGAGUGUGGGAAGGCGUUUAGCCAAAGCAGAGACCUCCUGAGACAUCAGAACAUUCACACGGGAGAGAAACCCUAUAAAUGUAAUGAGUGUGAGAAGGCUUUCAGCCAGAGCAGAGACCUUCUCAGGCACCAGAAUAUUCACACUAGAGGGAAGCCGUAUAAGUGUAAUGAAUGCGACAAGUCCUUCAGCCAGAGCACAUCCCUUCUCACCCACCAGAGUAUCCACGCUGGAGAGCGGCCCUAUAAGUGUAACGAGUGUGGCAAAGCCUUCAGCCGAAGCUCAAAUCUUCGAGUACACCAGAGGAUUCACACUGGAGAGAAGCCUUACAAAUGCGAUGAAUGUGGGAAGGCUUUUAUCCUGAAAUCAUCGCUCAUUUUACACCAGAAGGUUCACACUGGAGAGAAAACCUCCAAAUGCAAUCAACGUGGAAAGGCUUUCAGACAGAAUUUUCAUUUUGCUGCCCAUCAGAGAAUUCAUCCUGGAGAGAAGCCCUAUAAAUGCAAUGGAUGAAGGAGGGUCUUUGCCUGCAGUUCGUACCUUACCGGAUGGGACACGAGGACCGAAUCGAACUGAUGUGAGAAAGAAGGUCUUUAGAUGGAGCCCAGACCUUGUAAGAGGCUGGGAAAUUCAUGCUGUUGGGAAAGCCAUAGAAAUGCAAUGAUGUUUUCUGUGAAUGCCUUAUUUCUGUCAUUUCUUAUUGCCCAAUAAUAUUCCACAUUCAUAGACGAUUCUUUCUUCUCUCAUUUCUCCGAUGAUUAGCAUAUUUUUUAUGGGCAGUUCUUUACUACCAUGAAAAGUGCUGCUGUGGAUAUCCCACUGGAUAGUGGACCUUUCCAUCUGGCACUGACUUUGGGGAAUAGAAGCCUGGUAGUAAAGUUGGUUGGCCAAAAGGUGCAGAGAAUUGUGACUUUUCUUGUAUAAUCGCUUUGUACAGUAAAUAAAAUUUGUUUCAAGUUUUGUUAGCUUUGAAAUUUAGAAACACUAGCAAGUAGAACCCUUGCCACACGCAAACACGUUUCUGCACAAAACUGGUGAAACUCGAUUACGUUUAUCUUUUAAAAAAUUUAGUUUAUAAUCCUUCAGUAUGUUCUCUCCAAAGAUCAUUCAUUUAUUUUUGUUUCCCUCUGAACUUGUCAUCUGUCCAAUGUACUUCCUCCACAUCCUUGUCACUUGUUACUCUUUGAAAACUUUGAAUCGGUAUCAUUAAACCUUUUCCCUCAGUCAUCCUGCCACAAGCAAAAA